UAAUCUCGUUUUUUGUUUUGUUUUUUUCUCUCCGCAGUUACAAUGAUGAAGAGAGACUGCUCCGACCACAUGCUCAGAGGGAAGACCAAAAGUGGAGUGUACCUGGUGACCCCUGACCUCCGCAGCAGGAGCUUCUCGGUCUCCUGUGACAUGGAUCUGGAGGGAGGGGGGUGGACGAUCCUGCAGCGCCGGAAGGAUGGCAGCGUGAGCUUCAACCGGACGUGGGCGGAGUACCGGUCCGGCUUCGGGGAGCUCAACGGAGAGUUCUGGCUGGGCAACAACAUGAUCCACCUGCUGACCCGGGACAGGGACAUGGUGCUGCGGGUGGAGCUGGAGGACUUCAACGGCGUGAUGGAGUUUGCGAGGUACGAGCACUUCCGGGUAGAAAGUGAGCGGAUGCGCUACAGACUGUCGGUGGGCGGGUACUCGGGAACCGCAGGUGAUGCUCUCCGCUUCAGCAAAACUUAUGACCACAACAACAGGGCGUUCACCACCCCGGACAGGGACCACGACCGGUAUCCAUCCGGGAACUGCGGGGCCUACUACAGCUCCGGGUGGUGGUUCGAUGCCUGCAUGGCUGCAAACCUGAACGGGAGAUACUAUGUCGGGCGGUACAAAGGAGUCCGGGAUGGGAUCUUCUGGGGGACCUGGCACAACAUAUCUGCAGAGUAUUACCCCACAAACGACAGACAGUCCUUUAAAACUGUCCGGAUGAUGAUCAGACCAAAGGGCUUUGCAUCUUGAGCUCUGAACACUCUGAACAGGGAAAAUAAUCACAAUAAAGAGUCUAAUUUUAAUCAAUAAGCUUCUAAAAUGCUCCUUACAGUUUGUUAAAACUCAGUGUAGUCUACUAUAUCCACACAUGUAUUCAUUGUUAUCACAAUACUGAUGUUUGCUUCUUCAAUCCUGCUCUGUUUAUGACAAUAACUGAAGAUGUACAUAGUUAAAAGGUUAAUGUCAUAAGUACAUAGUAUAUUUUUGAAGCUGUUUGGGAUGUUUACACUCAUGAUUGUUUCAAGAUAAAUAAAAUAGGUGUUAUGGAUGAA